ACAAUGGGCCGAGCUCCAUGCUGUGAUAAAAACAGAGUAAAGAAAGGUACAUGGUCUCCUCAAGAAGAUCAAAUGCUCAUUCAUUUUAUUCGCAUGAAUGGCCAUGAGAACUGGCGUGCACUGCCUAAGAAAGCAGGACUCCUAAGAUGCGGUAAAAGCUGUCGUAUAAGGUGGGUUAAUUACCUCAGACCAGACGUUAAACUUGGAAAUUUUAGUUUUGAAGAGGAAGAGACUAUUAUUAAGCUUCAUCAACUUAUGGGCAACAGAUGGUCGGCCAUUGCCUCACGCCUGCCUGGAAGAACAGAUAAUGAGAUAAAGAACGUGUGGAAUAUCCAUUUGAAGAAGCAGGUUUCCCGCAUGGGAAUCGAUCCUGUAACAAAUCAUUCAACAUCGCCCAGCGCGGGGCACAUUGAGAAAAGUCCAUCAAUGGAGAAGGGCAACUUAGAUCUAAUUCAAGCAAAAGCUUUGGCUGAUUCGCCAGCCACAAUCUCUAAUUCUUCUGACACAUUGUAUGAUUCACACAAUCUGUCAAGCGGAAUCCUUUCAUCGAUAAAUAGUAUAGAUAGUGAGGAUAUAAAUGGCGGGUCAAGUUCAAGUUUAGGUUGGCUUGAAUCGAGUUGUAUAGAUUCAUUUGCUGGGCCAAUUGGGUAUAAUCAACAGCCACCAGAUAUUGAAGAUGCCGCAUCUAAUAUUGAAAAUCAGUAUUAUGCUACCGAAAUAAGCACAAAUGAACUAAUGUGGAAGCAUAGCUCAAAUGGGGAAGCUCACUAUUUCACUUCAGACUAUCUAGAAGAUGAUUCCUUGAGCUGCAUGGAUGGUGCAGUCAAAGAUCCUCAUUUGUUCAAAGAUAUAGAGUUGCAGAGUAAUGGUGAUGAUUGCGAUGGCUUUGGUUACUGGUUAAAUAUUUUGAAGCAAGCCGGGUCAUCACCCAUGCUAUUUGGGAGUUUGCGAAGUUGUUAUCGGUUGUGUCUGGAAAUUGAGAUGGCUGGCACGUCAAGGAGAAUAGACAUUGAAAAUUUUAAUGGCACAAACUUUGAGAAGAAGUUGGGAGACAUUUAUCAGGGAAAAUAUUUGGUGAACAAGCUCUUCCUGAGAAAGAAGUUGUACUCUCUGAAGAUGGACGGAGGAACAUCUGUGGUAGAUCAUCUAAAUGCGAUCAAUAUGGUGAUUGCGUAG